AUGCCUGCCUUAGACGCUCCCGAAGAGAGGCUGAGAAAAUUUAAGUACUGGGGCAAAGAUGCAUCUGUGAGGCGGCAGCAGAGGGUGGCGGCCAGCCUGGAGCUCCGGAAGGCCAAGAAGGACGAGCAGAGUUUAAAGAGAAGGAACAUCGGUCCCCUGUCCUCCGAUGUGGCUUCAGAGGUCCCUGCCACCAGGGUCAGCCUCACUCUGGAUGAAAUAAUCAAAGGCGUGAACAGCUUGGAUCCAACUCUCUGUUUCCUGGCCACGCAGGCAGCCAGGAAAAUGCUGUCGCAGGAAAGGAACCCCCCCCUAAAAGUGAUGGUGGAAGCGGGGCUCAUCCCAAGGCUGGUGGAAUUGCUGAAGCCCCCCGUCCCCCCCAACCUGCAGUUCGAGGCGGCCUGGGCUUUGACCAACAUCGCCUCCGGGACGUCAGAGCAGACUCGGGCUGUGGUGGAAGGAGGCGCCAUCCCACCCUUGACCGAGUUGCUGUCCUCCCCCCAUGCCACCGUGUGCGAGCAGGCCGUGUGGGCGCUGGGCAACAUAGCCGGUGAUGGCCCAGAAUUCAGAGACAUUGUUAUCUCAGGAGGUGCUAUUCCGCAUCUGCUCGCUCUUCUGUCAUCAGCCAUCCCAAUCACAUUUCUACGAAACGUCACGUGGACCCUGUCCAACCUGUGCCGGAACAAGAACCCGUACCCCAGCCAGGCAGCCGUGAGGCAGGUGCUGCCGGCGCUCACCCACCUCCUGUGCCACCAUGACAGCGAGGUCCUCUCGGACACCUGCUGGGCCCUGUCCUACCUCACUGACGGCCACAAUGAGCGCAUCGGCCAGGUGGUGGACACGGGGGUCCUGCCCAGGCUGGUGGAGCUCAUGGCCGGCUCAGAACUCAGUGUCCUGAGCCCUGCUCUGCGCACCGUGGGGAACAUCGUCACGGGAACAGACCAGCAGACCCAGAAGGCCCUUGACGCCGGGAUGCUGCAGGCCCUGCCCCAGCUCCUGAGGCACCCCAAGUCCUCCGUCCAGAAGGAGGCCACAUGGGCCCUGAGUAACGUGGCAGCUGGGCCCCCUCACCACAUCCAGCAGCUGAUCGCGAGUGACAUACUGCCCGCUCUGGUGGCCCUGCUGAAAAGCGCGGAAUUCAAAGUCCAGAAGGAGGCUGUGUGGACGGUGGCGAACUUCACCACGGGGGCCUCAGUGGAGCAGUUGUUCCAGCUUGUCCACGCUGGGGUCUUGGGGCCCCUGAUGGACCUGCUCACUGUCCCCGAUGUGAGAAUUGUCGUCAUCAUCCUCGACGUGGUGGCCUGUGUCCUCCAGGCUGCAGAGAAGGUUCGAGAGAAGGCCAGCCUGUGCCUCCUGUUGGAGGAGCUGGGCGGCGUGGACAGGAUCGAGGCGUUGCAGCUCCACGAGAACCGUCAGAUCAGCCAGUCCGCCCUGAGCAUCAUCGAGAAGCACUUCAGUGAGGAAGAAGAGGAGGCCAUCAGUUUCUCGCUCUGGUCCCCGGAGUGCAGCUGCAUCAGGAUCUUCACCGAGAACCCGCCGAGGUGCGAGGCUCCCCGACCGGGAAGACGGCUGUGA